AUGGAUCUUGAAGAUUUCUUCGUAGAGCUCAGAGGUUUAGCCGCAGAGAUAUGUCUUGCACUUGGUGCAAAUGUCUAUGUGAAGGGCUUGAGCCCACAAGAAACUACUCGUGCAAAGGAACUUGGCGCUAUAGGACAUUGGAAAGGUCCUGUCGUGAAUGGGAACUCUCCAUUGCUAGAUUCUAUCAUCGAUUCGGCGGGUGGAGAUAUCUGCGCGAGAUCAUUCAAGAUACUGAAACACGCAUAUUGCUGGUACAGGGCUUCAGUGCCUAAAAUCGAAUCCACAAUGGAAGAGGUCCUCAAGAAUGUCGAGCUCAAAGGCUCAACCACGGGCUCUCGUAAGGAUCUGCUGGAUGCCACCGCGUUCAUAAAGAAGCACCGCAUCAUUCCUGAAGUCUUUCAUGGACUACACAAGAUCCACGAAGGGCUCAAGUUAUUGAGAGAGGGUCAAAUUGGCGAGAUCGUCGCGCGCAAAAUCCCCUGGAAGAGAAUCCGUGGCUCUGAUGAAUAG